UCUCUUUGGACAGUCUACACACAGACAUUUUAGGUUUUAGAGUGAAUGAACCCUGUCAGAUUAAAAACGAAGGAGUCUCCCACAGAGCUGGAGGUUUUGCUGGAUAAAUAUCCUUCCAGCUUGAGGGAGAAACCAAGAAACUUCAAACAGUAAAGUCAACAGCUCUGAAUUCUUUGAACCGGACCACUUUAACUAGACCCACAUGUUGUGAAGUUCACUGAUUUCUGAGCAUUUUAUGAACACUGAUCAGUUGAUGGCAAAAUUCAAAAAGAAGUUUCUUUGGUGCAACCUGCACAUGUGACAACCUCACCAUCUACAUUUUCAGUUUGAGGAGUUAUUCAGCUGAUCUGCUCUUGAGCUCCUGAAAAAUAAAAAGAAUACACGGACCUUUACAAAAAGAGACAACAAUAUUCUGAGCAUCUGUGCUUCACUAGAUUUACUAGAUCAUCUGAGAGAUUUAACUGAAUCAAGAUGCUGCUAGUGAUUGAAGCUCUUCUUCUCAUUUUAGCUGCUCUAGGACAGGAUAACAGAACUGCUGCUACUGAUGAAAGACAAAUAUUUCCACUGGAUAUGGCAGAAAAUUCAGUUGAUGACAAAUUUGAUUGGUGCACGAAGAAAAUGGAACUUCGUGUACAGACAGAAUUUCUGAAGAAGGAAAUGAACUCUAACUCUGUAUUUGCAAAAGUUUGGAAAGAUGCUGAACAGAAUCACAAACCGCCAGGAGAUAAUUUGUCAAAGAAUCAUUCAGUUGCCAUUUAUGCGUACACUAACUCAGCUUUUGAUCUAUAUCAGCUCUUCAAUGAUGCUGUUCGUUCUGGUAAACAAAAAUAUACAGAAGAGAAAUAUGCAUGGUAUUCACUUCACUUUUGGUUAACGGAAGCGAUACAGAUUCUGAAGAAAACACAAACUAAAUGCUAUACUACUUAUCGUGGUACUUGGGUUGAGUUUGAUAAGAAUGUUAAGGGCAAAGAAAUUCGUUUUGGUUCAUUUACGUCUUCCUCUCUUGAUCUUAAAGAGGCAGUACGUUUUGGAACUAAAUCUUGUUUUGAAAUCAGAACUUGUCAAGGUGCCGAUCUGACAAAACAUUCUAGGUUUCCUGGUGAGAAAGAGGUGCUGAUUCCUCCAUACGAGACAUUUAAAGUCACUGAUAUGAAGACAAAAACAGAUCUGAAAGAUCUCUGGUGUGAUACUGUGUUCACUUUGAAAAACUACAAAACAAGAAGUUUCCUGAACUGUGCAGUGGCACAUAACACUGGAAACCAAGUUUUUAUGAAUGUUUUACUAAUUUUAACCUUACUUUGCUAUUUGUUUAACUACUAAUAAGUUAAAUACUGCAUGUUUCCUGAUGUUAUAAACAUUGAAUUGAUUAUCAUAUUUUGUUGAAUCAAAUAUUCAUGUGCUGGUCAGCAAUGGGAAGAGUCAAAGCAGCUACAAUGACACAAAGGCUGAUUUAAUAUAUUAGAAAACUCAGAUUUUAAUCUCUGCUAAAUAUGUAGUUAAUAUGCAUGAUACAGCUUUUAAAAUAAUUUUAAUUAAUUUAUGUUUAUAUUAAGUAAAUACCUAAUUUUUAUAAAGCAAUUGCAAAUAUUUUUUUCUAUAUGUUACUCAAUAGGGCUUUUCACACUUGAACUUGUUAACCCUGGGUCAUCCUAAACCCCGGAUAAGCGGAAUACCGGGUUACCUUAAACGCAUUUUUAGGCGCAACAUGUGAACAGCCUCAUGACGCACAAAGGCGAGAAAACAAAGACAAAAGUACAAAAGAAAGAAAACAAGAAGCAAAGUAUGUGAAUAUUUAUUUGAAUUUCUUUUAAGUGUGGAGAGACUAACGUUAUUGUUUACUUGUACAGUAAGAAUAAUACCGUCUCCUAUUCACUCCAGUUCACAAGCUUUCCGUUCUUUUGAUCUUAUCUUCUCACCGGCUGCAGUUUACAGGACGCGCGUUUCCUGUUACUGACGUGACGUGAGCCUCGCUGCUCGGUUUCUGAUUGGCUGUCUGUCUGCCCCGGAGCAGGUUUCAUAAAAUGCGGUGCUAACACCGCUUUCAAAUGACAGGUGUGAGACGUGUCUUUACCCAGGGUUAAAAGCGGUGUUUAGAACGCCGAUAACCCGGGGUUAAGCGCAGUGUGAAAAGCCCUAGAAUGUGCAGUAAAGGGCUACAGUGAUAACUUGAACACAGUCAGCACAAAACUCAAGAUCAAAGUAUGUUAAGUUCAGUGACUGCUGAUAUGCAGCAUUUAUCUGAUCACACAAUCAUGUUUAAAAGAUGGACAUCAGGUAUAAAUAAGAGCACUUAGAUGUUUAAACAUUCAGAUUCAUAUUCUGUCAACUAAAUAAAUCUCUUUAUUAAUUAGAAA